AUGCCCAGGAACUAUGAGGUACGUUCUCAUAUCAGAAACUAAUCUUACAGUAAAUCUUUCUAGGUUACUUGGCCAUGUUUUAAUUUAUUAUGACAGAUUAUGCAAUCUACUGCCAAGUGGGACAGUCAUUUUAGAGUCAUCUUGUGUAGCCAAAUGUUCUGCAGAUACACCAAACUACAUUUUAUAUUACAGAGGAGAUUCAGAGUAGUAAUUAAUGUUUUCGAAAUAUGUUGCACAUAUUGUUCAAGAUAUGCAAAAUUUAAUGGAGCUUUGUAGCCAAAAACUGAGUCUUCAGUUUGAAGGUUGAACAAGUGCCAAGAAAAUUUUACUCAGUGAGGAGAUGGCACAAAAAGAUGAGGGAUAUGCAGUAAAAUAAGAUGAUUUUAGCAAUCGUGAAGCUACUUAAGGAGAAAUUAAAGCUCCUGUACCAAGUUUCAUGUCUGGCUAUGAAACAAACUAAAAUAAACUCUGAUGCCUCCUCCCAAGCUAAGAAAGCAAACAAAAAUAUCAGGAGCAUGACUGAUUGUUUUUUGGAGUUAUUUUUAUGUCUUAAACUGCAAGGAUAGGUGUCACACAAGUCACUUGCUUAGACUUUUAAUUACAGUUUAUGCUGUCAAGAUGCUGCUCAGGCUGGAAAAGCACUGUACAAUUCAUAAAAUGUUGUUGUUAAAGGACAGCCCACACUGUAUGAGGGAAAUCUUCAAACAACCAAAGCUUACAAGUUACAUGCAAACACUGUUGUUGCUAGUCAGUGCACAUCCAGGCCCCGUGGACCAUUUGUGCAGGUGCAAUCAGAUGAAAAAAGUCCUUGAGUUGAGGGAUCAGGCUCAAAGGUUUUCUUCAAUUUGUAAGAUGAUACAGUCAGCUGGUAAAAUUUCUAACAUGCUUUUAUCCCAUAAAAUAAUCAUAUUCAGAUGCACUUUUGCCAUUACUGAUAUGAUAGGCAGGGGUGUGUCCAAGCUUUUUUGAUCAGGGGGACCCAACAGAUGAUCUGACAUGGUUGGGGUGGCCAGGUUAUGUGUGAAUACACACGCAAAUAAAUCAGAUCGAUUAUUUCUGUCUUAAAUUCUUUCUUUCUGUCUAAAAUUGCUAUCAUUUAAAUACUAUACAGCUUUUUUAACCCUCUGUCUAUAUUUUUUACUGAAAUAAACACAACAGAAAAGGUGUCAUGUUCUUAUAAUCACUCAGCUUAGCUCUUAAAGAUCUUAAAAUGAAGAGGGUUUGUCAGUGGUCACGUCUUAUGGCACUGUCAAAACAUCCCAACUAGCUGAAAUUAGUCUCACCCCAGCCAAUCACAUCUUAGGGUUUGAGGUGGCUGAUCAAAUCUAGUUGAGGGGAGGGGAAAUUAUGUCUUUCUCUUCUUUGAAUUUGAAAUGCCAGUCCCUUAUUGUCUCAAAUUUUUCAAUGUCUGUGCAGAGUUUGUCUUGGACAAUGCUGGGGAUGAAUGCACUAAUCUAGAUUGUAACUGACCUGAAUGAGCGAGCCAGUACUCAGGACAGAGCAUUUCAACAGACAUUAAAAUGCACCAAACAUCGUAUUCAGGGGGGAAUUCUAAUCUACCCUUAAACAGAGUUGCGUGGAAUUACACAAAUGCUUUGAGUUUUGGAGUGUAGAUCUGUACAAAUAAAAGACAGACAGCACAAGUGAUGACGUCAACCCGAGAGAAAUCAUGGAGCUGCUCCAUCAUUUCUCUGAAUAACAGCACAACAGCUCCAGCACUAUGAGCAGUAGACAUCGUGCUUGUACUGUUAUAAGGGCACCUUUAGUGAUUCACCGCUGCAAGCUGUGUUUGCUUGGAGGAAACUCAUUUGGAUGGAAUAUUUCAAACAAAGAGCAUGUCAGCAUCCUGUUAUAGCUACUAGAUUGAUUACUCAGGAUGAUGGGACUCAUUGGUGUAGGUAAUGAUAGAUGUAUUGGUCCAAUAUGAUACUGGAUCAUUGACAAAAAGAGAGAAUAUCAAUCCCUAUCAGCAUUGGAUUGUCAUUUUUAAAUGGUUUAGCUGAAUGGUUUAGUCAAGAUUUCAGCCCUGUUCUGAUUUUGUUAAAGCUCCUGUCUGUAUUGAUUUUGGCGCCCCUUGUGGCUGAAGUGAUUACUCUUUGAUAAUCUUAUCUGUUACUCUUAAAUGUUAUCCUGCUGUCUUUUAGGAAUCAAAUAUAUCUCAGGCUGUUAAACUCUGCAGUAGAAAAUGUAAACAAAGGCUGUUUCUGCUGCGUUGUUGUUAAUCAUUUUGUCCGACACCUAACCCAAUAGUGGUUUCAGACAUUGUAAAUAGCUAUAUGGAAACAGCCGGCCUCAUCACUAAUGGUGUUAUUAGUCUCUGUAGAUCAUAAAGACAUCUGCUUUUAUUUCAGUCUGUUCCAUAACCGGCUAAGAACAACUCGAAGGAGCUUUAAUGUCAGCUAAAAUAUUUAUAUCUGACAAGAAACGCAUCUAUCUUCUGUUUUUCUAGACCUUUUAAAGCGCUUUUACACCACUCAUUAUAUUCUCACCCCCACAAUUAUACCCUGAUGGCUAAUGAUGUUAUUGUAGGGGAUCACCAGAGCUAAAUAAUUUAGUUCUAAUGUGAGGGGGUUCAGUGUCUUUCCCUUUGACACUUCGGCAUGUGUGCUGAAGCUGGGGUCUGAUCUACAUCCACACAUGAAUCAAAAGUCAUAAAACCCGAUCUAUUUGGUAGCCGAUCACCCUUGUUUAGCUGUAUUUUUUAUGUAAAACUUUCCCCCUGUGGUGGUUACAGGUAUAAUCGAUUUAGCCCAUAUUACAAAGCCAGCAGUGUAUGUCUCCAGGUGGCAUAAACAAAAGUCAGUUCAAGCUCACGGUCCAGACUGAAUUAGGUGUUAUUAUGAGGUCAAACAUGUUGCACACUCUAGCUCAUACUGACCUCUUGUUCUGUUUCUUUGUUUUACCCCACCAGCCUGGUCACUCAGUAGGGAUGUUGGCUGCCGUGGAACAUGGUCCCAUCCUCUGCAGCGACUCCAACAUCCUCUGCCUCUCGUGGAAAGGCCGGGUCCCCAAGAGCGAGAAGGACAAGCCAGUGUGCCGGAGACGGUACUAUGAGGAGGGCUGGCUGGCCACAGGGAACGGGAGGGGAGUCGUUGGGGUGACUUUCACAUCGAGUCACUGCAGAAGGGACAGGACUACACCUCAGAGAAUCAAUUUCAAUCUUCGAGGACACAACAGUGAGGUGUGGCUUUGAAUCGACUUCAUUUCGGAAAACAACUAUCUUCUUCUUUUUCUACCUUUGGCUCUGAGAAAUCUAGAAUUUAUUUUAAUCUCACCUGCUGUUGCUAAAUCCCCUAUCAACAUAAAAACAUAAGUGUUUAACAUUUUUAAUUUAGGAUGAAUUUAGAAAAAGCCUUCAUGAUUUCCACAGGGAAAUUUAAUUAUAACAGCAGCACCGAGUUUUGGGGCCAAACAAGAAAUUAGCAUUUAAAUAAGCGUUUUGGGAAGAAGAAGUCGGAGGUGAAACAGAGAUCAGACAAAAAUGUCUCAGGUCAAAAGUUUGCAUGAAAAUGCAGCACACAAUGUAUAUAUGGAAUUUGAGUGUGGUAAAAACAGAAAAAAGGGAUAUUUUAAAGAUAUAAGUAGCAUAUUUUGCUCCUGUAAUCCAUCAAAUUCACAGACUAAAGUAUCAGAGCUGAACCUUUAUUUCUCCUGUAGACUGACCUCUACUCAAACCGCAGUGUACUUUGAAAGCACUUUCAGACUAAAAGGCUUUUUGUAGCGUUGUGCUUGCGCUGUAAAUUAAUCAUGAGUGAUGACAUAAGCAGAAAGCCACCUGUGUUUGUAGGAAAAAAAGUGAUAACAGUGUCUUUUUUUGGGUGUUUUUGCAGGUUGUCUUAGUGCGCUGGAAUGAACCCUUUCAGAAGCUGGCCACCUGUGAUAUGGAGGGAGGGAUUUUUGUGUGGAUCCAGUACGAAGGAAGAUGGUCGGUAGAGCUGGUGAACGACAGAGGAGCACAGGUACAGCAAGGACAGAUGUUAACCUGUCCUGAAAUUACACAAAAAUCAUCAGUUUGAUGGAUAAUUUAAAGCUCCUGUUAGGAGUUUUUAGCUGACUAUGAAAAAGACUGAAAUUAAUAAUAAUGUGUCUUAGUGACCUAAAAAAGCAAACAAGGCUAACAAAGAGAAAAAGGACCGUGUCUAUGUAGUUAUAUUCAAAACCUGAAACAAGUUUAAGGGGGUAGGCGUCAGACCAAGAAAUUGCUGACACAGCAUUUUUUCACAUUUAAUUUCAACAAUUCCCAAUGAGUGAUACAUUUGAGUAAUUUGAGAUGAUUUCUCUAGAAAAACUCAUGAAUAAAAUCAACAUGACCACACAAAGUCCCUGACAGGAGCUUUAAAAAGGGUUACCACUGUAUUUUGAAGCUCAUCUCCUUUAAUGUCCUUCAAAUGUCUGAACAAAACUGGAAAUUACUCUCCUCCAGGUGAGUGACUUCACUUGGUCACAUGACGGCACUCAGGCCCUCAUCGCGUACAGGGACGGCUUCGGUGCUGGUCGGCUCAGUCAGCGGGCAAAGGCACUGGUCCUCUGAGAUUAACCUAGAGAGUCAAAUCACCUGUGGCAUCUGGACACCCGAUGAUCAGCAGGUUGGUUUUCUCCUGUUGAUCUACAUAAAAACAGAUCUUUAAUGCAAAAAUUAUCUGAUGCUCCAGAGCGUUUUCACCAUUUAACGUUUUAUGUACAACGCUCCCUCAGGUCCUCUUUGGUACAGCAGAUGGUCAGGUGAUCGUGAUGGACUGUCAUGGACGAAUGCUUGCUCAUGUCCUGUUACACGAGUCCGAUGGGAUCGUGAGCAUGUCCUGGAACUGCCCUGAUUUCCUGGUGGAGGACAGCACAGAGAGCGACACAGACUCUGACGACAAUAUUCUACCUUUAGGUACAAGUCACCUCACUGCAGACAUGAAAGUUUGUACCCUGUUUUCCCCUCAUAAAGCUUAUGUACAGAUUUUCCUUUGUUCCCCAAAGUGCGGAGAGUCAAGCCUUUGUUGACGGUCACCUUCUUAUCAGGAGAUAUCAGCCUAAUGAACAACUACGACGACCUCUCUCCUGCUGUCAUCCGCUCUGGGCUGAAAGGUACAAAAGUCCAGGAAUAAAUAUGUUAACAGGUAUCCACGUGACUUGUCUUAACGUACUGAAUAAGGUCGCUGAUGAACCUUCUCGCCGCAGAUGUUGAGGCCCAGUGGUGCUCUCAGGGAGACCUCCUGGCUGUGGCUGGCAUGGAGAGACACGGGCUUCCUGCUGACUCUGCCUGUGCGUCCAUCAUGAGGAACGCCCUCGUUAAGUUCUACAACGUCCAAGGGGAACACAUCUAUACCUUGGAAACUCCUGCACAGGUUAGAUCCCAAUAACAGAGGUAUAUUAUGAAUGCUUUGCUGGGCUAUAAACUUCGACUUGACUUUUGCAUUCUUAACCAUGUCAGGGUGUGGGAAAGUUGUGUUUUCAUUUCUUGAAACAGGAGAAGUAUGACUCAGGAUUAUCAACUUUUUUUUGCAAUUAAUGCUUUUUAAUAUGAUUUAAAUGUGUAUCUAAAUUUUAUACCUUCCACAAAUAAAAUAAUAUGCACAUAAAGUUUAUAUAAAUCUAAACACUCAGGCCUAGCCCAGGAUUAAUACUGUAAGUAGAGGAGAAAUCAGGGUCAGUAUGAGCCAUUCCUGCGGCAAAUUAAAUUUUAAAAAUGUCUUUUGACUGCUGACCUUUGGAACUAUAUUUCAAAAUGAUGAGUUGCAUCUCUGUGGAUUGCUUAGUUUGCCACUCUAAGCAUUUACGUGAGCUGCCAGUGAAUGCUGAAAACUGUCUGAGUUCUGUGGUCGGGGUUCGUUUUUCAGAGACCCAUCACCACCAUCUGUUGGGGUCACAGAGACUCCCGCCUGUUCCUUGCGUGUGGACCAGCUCUGUAUGUGGUGCGUGUGGAGCACAGGGUGGCCAGCCUCCAACUUUUAUGCCAGCAGGGCAUCGCCAGCGCCCUGCGAGAGGAGAAAGACGUGGGGAAACUGAACAUGCCCUCGCUGCUCUGCUCCUAUGUCACAACUGCCUUCAUACCCACCAUCAAGGUCUUUACUCUACAGACAGCUACCCUUUCAUUUAUGCAAAACUACUGACUGAGUGUCCAGCAGUCCUACAGCCCUUUCCUGUCUUUGUUCUAGCCCCCCAUCCCAGACCCAAACAACAUCCGGGACUUUGUCAGCUAUCCCACAGCUGGGAACGAGCGGCUCCACUGCACCAUGAAGCGAGCCGAGGACAGCCCUGAGGCCGGAGGACCCUGUUACACUCUCUACCUGGAAUAUUUAGGAGGUCUGGUGCCUAUUCUUAAAGGGAGGAGAAUCAGCAAACUGCGGCCAGAGUUUGUCAUCAUGGAUCCUAAAACAGACAGCAAAGCAGGUGGGCUUUGACUUUUUUUCUGGCUAGUUUUUAUCCCAGGAUUGCUCUACAGGAGCUUCUUUCUUAUGCUCACAAAGCAGCUUCUCCAAACAAUAAGCUUAGCAUUAAAGAUAGAUAUUCUAAAUUCUACUAAUUAAUAUGCUUAAUGUAGUUUAAUUAAUCUGUAAACAAUCAGAAAUGUAAAAAAUUGACAAGCUGCGUUCAUUGGGGAGUUACGUAACAUUACUGGAAACGUUUCUUGGCGAUGAAAACAACAAAGGGGCGCCAAGAGAUAACUGAAAUAUUAAAUCUGGGACACAAAUCUCUAAACACAGUUUUAUUUGACUGUUUAAUGAACUGUAGAAAGAGGCAGGGUAGUUGUCUCCCUCUGCUCCCAAUUUUAUUCCCAACUAGGAUGAUCUGUAGCAGGAUGAAGCCUGAUAUUCAAUAGAGAGACAUUUUCAUCAAGCUAUUUGUUCCCACACUUACUCCCUCAAUUGAUCUCAAGAAAUAGGUAAGGUGUAUAUUCACCUUUAAAGAUGCUGAUAGCAUAUAAAGCAGGGGAAGAGUGCCCACAAUCCCCUUGCUGGAAAACUAGACGACUUGUAGAGAUGGAAAAAUGGGAAUCUUGUUUAAUCUGCCUCAAAUAAAACAAUAUGUUUUCACUUAUUGAUGCAGUGUACAUCCAUAAACUUUAAGAACAAGCACAGACUGUGGUGGCUUUCUAAUGUAACAUGGUCAGAGGCUUUAUACAAGAAUAACUCUUCUGUCUGUGUCCCUUUUUCUCCCAGAGGAGGUGUGUGUGAACCCCAUGAUUUCAUACACAGACAGCUGUAACUGCUCAGACUCCAGCGACAUCGAGUUGAGCGACGAGUGGGUCGGGAAGAAGUCACCAAAGCUUUCCCGAGGAAGCAGGUCAUUCAAACUCGACACGUCAGAUUAUAAUGAUAUUAAAGGCGAUUUUUUAAAACAAGCUUCAGAAGGAUGUUAAAGACAGUUCUGUAACGUUUGUUUUACCCUGUUCACUAAAUCCAUGACAUUUAUAAAAAGUCAUAUUUUUAAACGAAAAUUAUUUCACUUCUUUAUUUUAUAGGAUGAAUAUGGAAUUGAGAAAAUCUCCAAAACUGUCACGGGCCAAUCAGGAGGGCCAGCGGUCACCGCGGUUACCGACAAAAAAGCCUCCAGUUCGGUCUCCGAGUCUGACACGCCGAGAGUUUUCUAUGGACGGGAUCACAGAGGUAAAGAGAUGGUCCAAAACUUAAAGUGCACUAUUAUACUGCCAGUGACACAGAAGUUUUUGAUAUAUAUAUUAAAACAUGUAUAUGUGCCAGUUAUAGACUGUAGAGUCAAGAAAGUCAGCUGGAUGUCUGGAAAAUAAGAGCCAUAGUUGAUCUUUUUUUACCCCCAUAAAAAAUCAAGUUUGUGAUUUAUCUCAGUCUGCAUUAACAAAUGAAGAUUAUAUUGCGAACAUGGUUACAAAGUGAGUCAUACAUCGUCUUUUUGGCUGUCUUGUAUUUCUUCCUCCUCUUCACAGCACAACUACCUUGCCCAAGUCACAUCCAACAUUUGGGGGACAAAAUUCAAAAUUGUUGGACUUGCUUCUUUUCUCCCUACAAAUCUUGGUGCAGGUAAAAAUAUAAAAUAAAAAGGCACAUACAAAUCACACUGACAAAUGUUACACAAAAUAUAACAUGGGUUUUAUGUUUCAGUCAUCUAUAAGACCAGUUUACUUCAUCUGCAACCAAGACAGAUGACAAUCUACCUUCCAGAAGUGAGGAAGAUUUCCCAUGACUUUAUGAGCCUGCCUGUCUUCAACCCCAAUGUGUUCAGUGAGGAUGAGGACGACCUCCCAGGUGGAAUUUUAAGAGAAUUUUCUGGUCCAGGAGCUUAUGAAGAUAUUGAAAAAUGAGUGUAAUUGCAUUUAUUUCUGUUACACCUCAUUCUAAAACAGUUUUCCUCUGUUUUUUCAAUAGUGAUGGGUCCAUCUGGAGUGGCAGGAGAAAAUCCACCCUGUACAGUCAACAUUCCCAUCGCUCCAAUCCACAGCCCAGCUCAGGCCAUGUCUCCAACCCAGAGUAUCGGCCUGGUCCAGUCUCUUCUAGCCAAUCAAAACAUUCAGCUUGAUGUCCUGACUAACCCCACAGCCACUGCAGCAGCUGCAGCUGCAGCCGCAGCAGCUUCCGUCCCCGUCACGGAUCAUGGGCAGGAUGCAGUUGCUUCACCGUAUCCUGUGCCAACUAGAUACUCAAACCCCGGUCAGGUGAUUUUCAAUGGGUUAGAGAUGGGUCCUCUCCUUCCUGGCACUCUUCCUCCUCCGCCGCCCCCUCACCAUCUCCCCCCGCAGCCUCACUCACAACGCUCACACUCACAGCAGCCUCGCCAACCGCCAUCCAAGCAGUCUCAGCAAAUGCAGACGCAGCAACAACAGAAAAUGCAUCAUCAUCAACAACAACAACAACAGCAGCAGCAGCAGCAACAGCAGCAGCAGCAGCAGCAGCACCAUCAUCAGUCCCAAAUUCAGCAGCAACAACAGCAACUACAGCAACAUCAACAACAGCUACAGCAACUGCACCACCACCAACAGGUGCUACAUCAACAGCAGCAACAACAGCAACUCCAACAACACCAGGUUCAGCAGCACCAACAACUGCAGCCAAAUCAACAACCAGUGACACCCCAACAGCUCCAUCACCAACAGCAAAUCCAGCAGCAGCAGCAACAGAUGCAGCUGCAGCACGAACAGAUGCAGCAACAGCAGCAGCAGAUGCAGCAGCAGCAGCAACAAAUCCGGCAACAGAUCCAGGAGAUGAGGCAGCAGCAGCAGCAGCUCCAGCAGCAGCACCAACAGAUCCAGCAGCAACAUCAACAGAUGCAGAGGCAGCACCAACAGAUGCAGCAGCAGCUGAAGAUGCAGAUGUCCCUGCCCCCUCCUCCCACCGGAUAUCCAACCAUUUCCUUACAACAGAUUCAUAUUAUCCCUCAGAUUGCUCCUCCCACCACUGAGCCAGGGCUGAGCAGAGUAGAACAUGGGCACACUCUUAAACCAAGUCUGCCACGGACUUUGCCUCCUUUUACAGACCCUGAUGGCUCCAUGGAGAUGCAAAUGAGGAAGGCUAACCCUCCUCCUCCAUACCCAGGCACUGUGGUGUCUGCAGCUGCGGCUACAGCUGCCACCACCCCUCAAACUCUUGUCACAAACUGUGACAGCCCAAGUGUCCUGGCACCAGACCCCUGUCUAAAGAAAGAUGAAUUUCUGCUUCACCCUGUCACUCUACAGUACCCAACUCCUCUGGGAUAUGAGAGGAUCACAACCUUUGACAGCAGUGGCAACGUGGAGGAGGUUUGUCGUCCACGCAGGCGCCUCAUCCGCAACCAAAAUGCAUAUUCUGUCCAUGGCUCAGCCACUCUUAAAGUCACCUCCUCUGAGACUAAAAAGAUACAGCUUCCUUACAGCUCAGCAACAUUAAGCCGUCUCUCUGUUCCUCGUUACUCCAUACCAAGCGGCGACCCUCCUCCUUAUCCAGAUCCAGCCAAUCAAGUAACUGCUACACUUCCUCCUCCCCAGAGAAUUGACAGCAGUCUGAUUCAUGCCACUCUACGCCGUGACCGCAGGGACGUAGGGCUUAAAGUGCCACAGAUGAUGGAAAGCUCAAGAACCCUUCCCACCAAGGCUAAAAUAAACAGCGCACUCGCACUCAGCUACCAGCAGAGGGUGCCCACUGCUUUGUACACAUGCACACAGUGCAGCAGUAACAGCAGCAGCACCAGUGUCAGUGUCAGUGGGGGUGGUACUUCGAGUAGCGGCAUUGCAGGUGGCACAGUGGUGAGGCAGGACUUUCCACCGGGGAAGGGAGCACAUCACAGCACCAUCAUUGUGCACUCUAAGGGUGCCUCAUCUCUGGCCUCUCAGUCAUCUUACAGUCUGCUGGGUGCCGUCGAUAACAGCAGGGACAGAACAGUGUAUGUGAACUCUGCCUUCACCGAGGAUGAGACUCUAAAUCAGCAGUGUCAUCUUGAGAAAUCUGUGCGUCAGCUGACCCUUGGUGAUGUCAAUUUGACGCUUAAAAGACCUCCGCCUUACCAGUGGGACUCCUCCACCACGGACGAUUUCUGGCUCACCCCAGAACAGACAAUGUUAGGUCCUCCACCAGCACCUCAUAAACCUCCUCCAAUCAUCAUUAGUCAAGCUCAGCACUUGGACAUGACUCGGCUGCCGUUUGUUCUCACAACCAAACCUCCAGCCAGUCCGAGCACGAGCACACUUACAUUCCCAUCAGGUUACCAGAUAUCCCUCUCACCUUUCCCUCCAGGUGUGGCUCACAGUGGUCCUCCACUUCAGACUUUACAGAAUCCUCCACCCCAGUGUAAUCCCAAUGAAGUGGUUGGUUCAGUCCCCUUUGGUCAACAGGAAGCAAACUUGGUGCUACCGCCAGGCUAUCCUCCAAAUUUAGCUAACUUGGCCUGCUGCCCUCUCCCUCCAAUGUACCCAGGAGCCAGCUCAUGUGCUGGACUCCAACUCCACCCUGUUAACCUCCACCCCUGGAACCCUUACCCUUGCCCACCUCCCAUGCAAGACCCACCAGCUCCUCCUCUCCCCACCAAAACACAUCAGGUUCUAGAGAAGCCAAUUCUAUCUCCUCCACCUCCUACUGGGCCUCCACCACCACCUCCUCUCCCACCUCCUCCUCCACCUACUGAGCUACCACCAUCCAAAAGUGCCGCAGAGGAUCUGUCAGAGUCUGCCAACAACUUUCCAGAACCAUCAUCCCUCAACGAAAGCCCUGUGCCGCAGGAGUCAGAGCGCUUCAACAAGAAGAGUCGGAAAAGGCUGGACAGCAGAGCCGAGGAGGCAAACAUGACCAAUGUCUCUGAAGGCAAAUCCAGAAAAGAAGGCCGGGCGCUCUCUGACUUCAACACUCUCAUUUCCAGUCCGAGACUCGGCAGCAGAGAAAAAAAGAAGCCAAAAGGCCAGAGAGAGCAACUCAAUAAAACCAAGAAGAUGAGCAGGACCACAAAUGAGUUCCAGGACAGCUCAGAGAGUGAGCCGGAGCUGUUUAUCAGCGGAGACGAGCUCAUGAACCAGAACCAGAGCAGUAAGAAGAGCUGGAAGAACAAGCGCAGCCUGCGAAUGGCUAGUGAGCUGGAGGAGAUUAAGUGCCGCAAGGCAAAUGAGAGAGAGGACCGUAGUUUGGGAAGCCAAGGGUUUGUCUAUGUGAUGGCUAAUAAACAGCCACUGUGGAACGAGGCCACGCAGGUCUACCAGCUGGAUUUUGGAGGACGAGUCACGCAGGAGUCAGCGAAAAACUUUCAGAUUGAACUGGAUGGUAGACAGGUAAAAUGUCAAGAAAUCUUGAGUGGGUUUAAUUGAAAUAGACCAUAAUGAACAAACACAGAGUUAUAAGUAUCUUUGGUCUAGUAACUGCAAUGCAAUCUUAAACCAGAACAGUCUUUCAUUAACAUCCUCUUCUUUCCUUCCUUCAGGUGAUGCAGUUUGGGCGAAUUGAUGGUAAUGCCUAUAUCUUGGAUUUCCAGUAUCCUUUCUCAGCGGUGCAGGCAUUUGCUGUCGCCCUGGCCAAUGUGACUCAAAGGCUGAAGUGA